CACCAAUUCACUGAAUAUCAGUUGAUUCAGUUUUUUAUCUUCAAUAUACCAACACCAUGACAGAUAUCGCGCCUGUGGAAGAUUGGAGCUGGGAAUGCCCUGAAGACCCAUGGCCCGCUGCUCCUCCUCCACCACCGCCUUUACCAGUGAUGCACCAGGCUCCACUUAAGGAAUUUUCGCUUGAAGAAUUCAAAGAAGAAACCGAGAUCAGCUUUGCCAUGGCCGAGGAAUUCGCCCGCCAGUCAAGAUAUUCUGAAGUGGCUCCGCAUCUGCGGUACUCCGAGUUCGAUGUCACCAUUCCCAUCAAAGAUCACUUGGAAGGUGACACGUGUCCCGUUGUGGGUAUAGAAUGCAAAGGGGCGAGGACUUGGAAGUCCUUGAAACGACACCUUCGCACCCAGAAGCACAUGGCAUAGGAGCAAGCCCUGGAGCGAGAGGCUGUGAACAAUCCUCCGGCACCAACACCCCAACCAACCUUCCGGCUUGUGCCAACCGUGUCCAUAUCUUUCUCGGCGCCAACCCCCGUCCCGAGCUCAGAUGAACCAACACUGGGCAAUGAUUCUGGUGAGGAGAUGGAGCUGGAUGAUCUAGAGACUCACAUACCACCCUCAUCUGAACUACCUUCGCUGGACAAGGAACGAGAAGUUCCCGACUCACAAGAGUCGCAGCCAUGGAGUUAAGGACGGAAUAUGGGUACACCAGACUCUGAGCACAUGUAGAUGAUGAGUGAUAGACCCUAUCAUACCAAUUUCUCUCCAAACCUGAAACUAUCU